CAAUCGCGUCGCGCCAAUCGCGUCACGUGCAGGGGGCCGGCCGCGAGCCUCGCCGCCCGCACCCGGUUCUCCCGUCGCCCACCAAUCGGAUCCGAGCGUCUCCGCGUCAGCCAAUCGCGGGCGGAGGGGGGCGCUUAGCCCUGCCCCGCUCCCACGUGACGCUUGGCGGGCCGGGGUCGCGGCGCGGCGUUGCCAUGGUGCGGGCGUUCCUGCUGCUGGCGCCGGGCGGCCCCGGCCCCGGCCCUGGCCACGCCCCCGGCCACGCCCCCUGCCGCCUGCUGCUGGCGCGCGCCUUCGCCCCCCCGGGGACCCCCCCCGGGACCCCCCCCGGGUCCCCCCCCCGGCAGCGCCUCCGCCGCAAGGAGCAGCUGCUGGCCGUGGCCAGGCAGGUCGCCUCCCACUGCCACCUUCACCAAGCAUCCUCCGGCCGCCCCCCGGCCCCGCCGCUUCCCGAGGACCCCCCGUCCCUCCACAACGCCCCGGGGGGGCUCUUCCGGCUGCCCCCCGGCGACCCCUUCCCCCAAGGGACCUCGGUCGCCUGGCUGGCGGCCCCCAACCUCGCCUUCGCCCUGGUCUGCGACCCCCGGGAGAACCUGGCGCUGGCCGAGGGCACCCUGCGGCACCUCGCCCCCCGCCUGCUGGCCACCCUGCGCCCCCCCGGCACCGGCGUCCUGCUGCGGCCCGACGCCGCCGACCUCCUCCUCGACCGGCUCCUGCCCCACGGGCAGCUCCUCUUCCUCAGCGAGCGCUUCCUCCAGGCCGCGGACCGCGAGCUGUCACGCUGAGCUGGAAGCCCCGGGGCUCGGUUUUUGGGGGGGGGAAACGGGGGGGAAAAAAGGGCUGCGGCUGGGCUCUGGGGGAGCGCGGCGGGGGAUGAAGCGACGUGGUGGUGAA